AUGCUGGUUGCAGUCCUUUGGGCGGUCUCCACGCUCGCACCGGUGCUCGCUCUGCCCUCGGUUUCGGCGGAGUCCUGUAGCCCUGCAAGGGACGAGGUUUUGGACGAGGUGGUCGCCCUGCAGCUGAAGAGCGAGAACCAGGUGGUCCAAAAGAGGGAGGAAGGAAGCGCAUCAGUGGAGUCGGACUGGCGCUGGAUGCCGAAGCGCUGGAUGCCGAAGCGGCCCGGGUUGGGGCCUCAGAGGCGCCAUGGCCGCGCUGGCCAUGGCCGCGGUCCGAGGUGGCCGAAAGUGCACCGUCGGGGACGAGGACGAAACUUGAGAUGGCGCAGGAGGGCGCUUCGCCCAAGGACGUCCACGGUCUGCUUGAGGUUCUCCUUCAUCAAUGCACUGAACGGCGAGGGGACCAUUACAGGAGUCGUAAGGGGAUUGAAGUGUUCCUCGGGCUCGGAGACAACUUCCAAAGCUGAACAGGUGGAAGUUUUGUCCAAUACUGAGAACUGGAACGACCCUCCAAACAGUGGAGUUGGAAACUACGUAGGAAAUGGCUAUGACGUGGCACGGUCCAGAGACAAUAGCUGGACACUUGACACAAGCUGCAACCCGACGAAAUUCCGCUUCUUUGCCUUUAACAAAGAGGAGGCCAAUCCUGGACCCCCUGCAGAUGCGACGCUCCUUAUCUCCAGCUAUCCACCCAAAAUGGGAGCCCUUGGACAUAGGUAUCCGGACCUCUACGGGAAAGACAUGACGGAACAGGAUUAUGAUCUGGCCUUCGAGCAGAUGCCCUGCAACUAA